GUCAAAAGCUAAUCUAGAGGAGAUGCAGUGUGAUCUCGCAAAGAAGAGCGCCACCAUUAGUCUUCUGGAAGCCAAGCUCACCCUGAUGGCAGACCGGAUGGAGCAGCUCCAGCAGUCGGAGAGGAUGGAGAAAGAUCGUGUGGAGAGGCAGAAGGCUUCCAGGAGAGAGCUCCAGAACAACAUCAAGCUCCUAAAGCUUGACAACACCAGAAAGGAGACCCUGAUUCAACGUCUCCGGGAUCUCGUUGAAAUCCUGAAGACAAAUUGCUUGAGGAAGAAACGAGGUGGGUUUCGAUACAAAGUGAGGAAUACCGUCGAUCAUGCCGCCAUUGCAUCAAUGCCUAACAUCCGCUGUGAUGUCCUUGACGUGGAAGACAUUCUACCCUUCACUGGUUACAAGCUACCAGGAGAUCUUGGCGACAUGCGAAUCCUCGGCAAAGGCACCUACGGAAUGGUUUACCUUGGUCGAUAUGCUAAAGAUGGACAAAACAUCGCCAUCAAGAAACCCACCUUGCCGUCCAGCUAUUGCGGAGAUUUGGUCAAGGAAGAGAGGCACCUGAUGAAGGGAAGGGCCGUGAAGGAGUCACUGCUGCAGCAAUUGCUGUCGGGUUCAACAUACUUCCCCAAGAUACUUGGUAUGGUCACCAUUGAUGAAGACAUGUGUACUGUGAUGGAUUUCAUAGGCGAUAGAGCGACUGGGAAGACCUACCCACUGUAUCAAGCUCUCACUCGCUUCAUGCCUAACCCAAGACUUGACGUGAGCAACCUGUUCAAGGUCUGCCAAGACAUCAUCAAAGGCAUCAUGGAGCUACAUGAGAGAGGAUUCCUUCAUAACGACUUGAAGUCAAACAAUGUCCUGUUGGAGAAACGAAGCCAGCGGUGGCACGCCGUAAUCAUCGAUCUCGGACUGGUCAGCACCAUCGCCUAUGCCAACCAAAAGCGAUUCUCUGAGGAGAAAAAGGCCGAAUACAGAGCUGGCAAGGGUUGUUAUUUCUUGGCUCCUGAAGUUGUCCUGUAUGGGGAACGAUACUCAGUGGCAUCCGACAUCUUUUCCUUCGGGGUGCUCCUCAAGUCCAUCGCGAAAAAGAUCGAGGUGGAAGAGGUACAGGUGCUUGCAGACAGUUGCUCAAAGCAGGAUCCACUCGAGAGGCCACAGAGCAUGGAAGAAAUCCUCCACCAAAUGGAAGCUAUUACUGCCUGCUACUGAAGACAAGAGGUCGGUGAGGAUGAAUUAGGACGAACUGGUCUCAUGCUUGGUACUAAAAUUGACUACUAAGAGGUUGUUCGUGUGAACGCAGGGUAAAAUAAGAAUGGUUCUGCCUCAGUCCUGUAUGGAGUUUACAUCGCAUCAGCAAGAACCAUUGACUGCCUUGAGCCAUUAACAGUAGCAGUUGGUAUUCAUCACCAAACCAACUACAGCUAUGUUCAUGUAUGAGAUCCCGAAGUCCCAGCAUCCUCGACAAGACAUUCACCAAACUCAAAGGCAUCCAGAUAUUGAGACAAGAUAUGAGCCAUGCCUUUCACAUAGUAUGGUAAUGAUCCUUUAAAAAGAAUAAAAAACACAGAACUCCCAUCAAGUGUUGUUUACAAAAACGUCAGGAAACCGUAUCAUCCAAAGUUCUUCAGUAACAGCUAACCAGGGUGAAGAAGGUAACAAAGCAUUGAGAAUGAAGUGCUACCAAAUCUGUCGGUCAAACAUGUCAGGAAACUUCUAGCUCCAAAGUCCUCUAACAACUUUAAUAAGAACAGAAACCCCUUCACGAAAGUUGACGAAACAUUAAAGUUCCCAAAAUGACUGUUACCUAACCCACAACAACCGAAGGUCCGCAUAAUCCAUCCUGUCUUGGUCAAACAAAGGCCAUUCCUUCCGUUAGUACUUUUUCAGUCAAGCAGUAAGCAAUUGAUGACAGGAAAGCAUGGAUAAGAAACUCUUCCAAAACUACUCCUUGACAAGACAUGAAACAUGCAUUCCCAAAGUCUCCUUGUAACGAUGAUUACAAAGUAUUUAGAGCAGAGACUCCCAUUCAUAAUGAUGGUCAGGCAUUAAGUAACUCAAUGAAACGCCUGGAAACCUCACCAAAGCCUACCAACAAGGAGACAAGAAAGAUAUAGGAAGAAAAGCUCAUUUAACAGUAUUGGUCAGACAUUAGCCGUUCCUCAUGUUCGUGAGACUUCUCAUCAUGCCCAACACAAGAGGCCCCUGUGAAGAAUGUUAAAGAACACAAACAACGAAGGUUUCCAUGAAACCUUCUGGUUAGAACUGCCAACCAUAGAAAUCGGGCAAGCCACGUUGGCAACAAAGUACAAAGACCAGAAGAUCCCUGAGGAAUGUUGUUCAAACACUGUCGACUCCUCAGGUAGCGUUCUUCCCGAAAUUGCAUUGAUGAAAAAAUUCUUCAGCAACCGAAUAUCCUUUCAAAAUUUUGUUUAAAGACUGGCAACUCCCUAAGAUACCCGGAAAUAUUCAUCAUCAAAAUCCCUCAACAGAGAUGACAAUGCAGCACGGAGGACAGAGACUUUCUUUAGCGUCUUGAUCAAAGUGUCGUCAAGAAAGCAACAUAAAUACCCAACG